AUGGCACCCGUAGGCGCAGUGCAGGCACUCGCCAUUUCUUUGGGCUCUAUAGGGGGGAUUCUCUUAUCUUGGGGUGUGUUCGUUCUAGUCCUGGAGUACAGAUCGCGCAGAAAGCUAAGGAGAUUGGCAGAGACCAAUGUUGUCCCCAACGAAACACCCGGUGUCGAGGACGGACUUUUGAGAGGUUUUGAUCAAGCGCCAGGUGCCAUUACAACAAUCGAGCGUCGAGCAUCCACCCUAUCGGACAUACCACCAGAGCUACUCGCGGAAUCCCAACCCACAGAGCUGGUGCAGCGCAUGCGGGAGGUGCAAACACUGAUGCUCGAGAUCCACAGACUCCAGACGGAUCCGCAAUCGCUCAGCAAGCAAGUCGCGAAUCGCGAACGCAUCCAGGAGAUGCAACGUCGCAUAGACACUCUUAGCGACCCCUCCUCUCCGCCUGAUCCAUCUAUCAUGUCUCCUCCGCCCAAUACGAGCCUGGCAAGUUCUCGAGCUCCACCUCUUCCACCCGCCACUACUCGUCCAACUCCUCCUAAACUUCCGCCGUCUUUAUCUCGUCCGAAUCCUACACCGAUACCACCCACUUGGGCUCAUUCCACUCCAAGAAGUCCUCUGGUGCGCGCACAGUCAGCUCGCAGUCGACCGCCCAGCUACACGAGUAGACUGGAUCCAUAG